AAGAAGGAGGAGAAGAAGAAGAAGGAGGAGCAGCAGCAGGAGCAGGGUUUAGGAGAAUGGCAGAGGACAGACGACGUCACCCUCAGUGAGAGAGGAGGAGGUUCAAGAUGGAGCGAGCUCACAGCCUCCUGCUGAACGAGGAUGCGUGCAGCCAGCUGGCUGAACACCAGAGGGCAGAGUUCAUCUUCGAAUGGCUGAACCACCUGAAGAAGCUCCUCCCGGCCGCUGACAGGGUCGACAUCAGACAGAACCAGCGGCGCCUGGUCGAACAGCUGUCCUGCGUUCUGAUUGGCUCUCCUGGCCCACCGACCCGCUGGCUGCUGGCCCACUGUUUGGCCCUGCUCUACCGCCUGGGAGACCCCUUGCCGUCCAGUCUAUUAGUGGAGAGGUGCAAUGACAUCAUUCGCAGCAAAGACGACUCUCCCUCAGGCCUCCCGACCCGGCUGGUGGCCGUUGCGUGUCUCGGUGCUCUGUACGAGCAGCUCGGCCGGAUGCUUCUCGGCUCCUUCAAAGAAACUCUGACCAACCUGCUGAAGGCCAUGAAGAGCGCGGAGUCUCAGGGGCGGUAUGAGAUCAUGUUGAGUGUGGAGAAGAUUCUCCACGGUUUGGGUGUCAGCGCGGUGCCGUGUCACCGUGACAUCUACAAGGCAGCGAGAACCUGCCUGACGGACCGAUCCAUGGCCGUACGCUGCGCCGCCACAAAGUGUUUGCUGGAGCUGCAGAGGGAGGCCGUGUUCCUGUGGACCAGCGAGUUGGAGAACGUGGCCACUCUGUGCUUCAGAGCUUUCGAAGGGUCCGACCACAACGUCCGAGUGUCUGUAGCCAAACUGCUGGGAACGCUGCUGGCUGCUGCCGUGGAGCCCCGGCAGCCCGCCGCAGCCCCCAGACAGGGUGGGCGGGGUCGAAGCUCUCUGGAGGAGGUGAUGGAUUUGUUGACGGCCGGGUUCCUGCGGGGUGGGGUGGGUUUCCUCCGAGCCAGCGGAGACAUGCUGAAGGGGACGAGCUCUGUCAGCAAGGACAUCCGCAUUGGUGUCACUCAGGCCUGUGUAGUCUUCGUCUCCACCCUGGGAGGCUCCUGGCUGGAGACGAACCUCCCAGCCUUCCUGUCUGUGCUGAUGGAGCUGGCGUCCCACAGCAGAGCCACACAAACACCGGGCGACGCUGUGGUGACCCACCGCUGUGUCUCCUUCAUCCUGAGGAGCACCCUGGGGUCCCUGAUGGGAGAGAAGGCCCAGACCAACGCUGUCAAACAGCUGUGCCUCGCUGUGGCUGCACAGAAACGAGCUAUUGAUGCAGCGCUGACUGACGGGAACGUGGAGACCCGAGUUUCAGCUGCAGAAAUCUCAGCCAGUCAACAUGUGUUGGUCUGUUGUCUGCUGGAACUGGGAGGACUCAUUCAAGGACUGGGAUCCACUGCGGCCCCCCUCCUCACUGACAGCAGCACAGCUCUCCUGGACACGGUGAUCUCCGUCCUCCUCCACCCCGUCUCCUCCGCCCGCCUGGCCGCUGCCUGGUGCCUGCGCUGCGUUGCCACGGCGAUGCCUUCCCAGUGUUCCCCACUGCUGGACCGCUGCUCCGAGC